AUGGUGCAAGCGCCCAUGCUAUCCUGUCCGCUGAAGACAACAUCGGAGGUGAGCUGGGUCGAACCACUCUCUCAGUAUAUCCGUACGAGCUAUGGAGACGACCCCAGCAAAUAUGUUGAAGAGAUUGGAACACUGAACAGGUUACGGCAAGACAUGAGAGGGGCUGGCGCCGACUCAGCAUCUGGGCGAGACUUGCUUUACCGAUACUAUGGGCAGCUAGAGCUGCUGGACCUCCGAUUUCCCAUCGAUGAAGCACACAUCAAGAUCUCGUUUCAGUGGUUUGACGCCUUCACACGCGCCUCCACGUCACAAUACUCACUGGCCUUCGAGAAGGCCUCAGUCAUAUUCAAUAUAGCCGCUGUCUUGUCCUGUCAUGCAGCCGCUCAGAAUCGCUCCGAGGACAAAGACCUCAAGACGGCGUAUCACUCGUUUCAGGCAUCUGCUGGCAUGUUCACCUACAUCAACGAAAACUUCUUGCAUGCGCCCUCGACUGAUUUGAACCGGGAUACCAUUAAAACCCUCAUCAAUAUUGUCUUAGGUCAGGCGCAGGAAGUGUUCAUGGAGAAACAAGUUCGCGACGGAAAGAAGCCAGCGCUACUGGCCAAACUCGCCGCCCAAGCGCAAUUCCUAUACGGUCAGGCGAAAGAAGGUCUCGAAUCUGACCAUGCGCGGGGGAUAUUUGACUCCUCCUGGUUAAAACUGAUCCAGAUCAAAGCGCUACACUUUUCCUCACUAGCAGAGUACUAUCAGGCAUUAGCUGAGGAGGAGACCAACCAGCAUGGAUCUGCGGUGGCUCGAUUGCAGCUGGCCGAGAAGUCAAGCAAUCAGGCCUACUCUUCCGCAAAGGCAUUUCCCUCGUCACCAUCUUCUGCUUCAAAUCUCGGGUCCGACACCGCUGCCGCGCUACAGUCGAUUACCAGAAGACAGAUGGAGAGUGUACAGGAGAGGUUGGUGUCUUCAGUCAAAGACAACGAUUUCAUAUACCAUCAAACAGUGCCGCCGGAAGCGUCCCUGUCGCCCGUCACUAAAGUCCCAGCGGCAAAAGCCAUCCCCCUCUCGGAGUUAUAUCAAGGGCAAGAUAUUCAAAGGAUCAUCGGGCCGGACAUUUUCCAGAAAAUUGUUCCUAUAUCAGUCACAGAAUCGGCAAGUAUGUACGACGAGGAGAAGGCGAAGUUGAUUCGAUCUGAGGCGGAGAAGGUUGAACAAGCAAAUGGAGAGAUGGCCGCGAGCCUCGAUUACCUCAAGCUCCCCAACAGCCUCAACGUCUUGAAAGGCGGUCUGGAACAGGAAAUAGGCGUAGAUAGGGAAUUUGAGCAAUGGUGUCAGGAACUGGCGAGCCAUCCUCAUUUUGCCACGGCUUUUGAACAACUUCAAAGAGAUAAGCAGGCUGUUUUGGAAAGUUUGGCCAAAAGCACAAAACAACUUGACAUGGAAGAGAGCGUUUGCGAAAAGAUGCGAUCCAAGUAUGGUGCCGAGUGGACCCAGCAACCAAGUUCCAGGUUGACAUCAACGCUCAGGGCCGAUAUCAAGAGCUACCGCGACACAGUGGACGAGGCUGGAAACAGCGAUGCACAGCUGUUUUCGACGGCGCGACAGUAUGAAGCGGAUUUCGAAGAGAUGCGCGUUGCAGGCUUACAUGGCGAGCCCGAAGUCCUUUACCAGCAGGCCUUAAUCAAGGCCGGGUCUGGGACGAAAAACAGAAGUAAAGACACAGACGAAGGCACGCUUCUUGAUGAGGAUUAUGGCGAGGGAGGCAUGUCGGUCGCAGACCAGAUCGCCAAGGUUGAGGAUCUUCUACGGAAACUCAAUCUCGUGAAACGCGAACGAAUGCAGGUUCUGAAAGACCUGAAGGAGAAAGUCCAUACCGACGACAUAUCAAAUGUGCUCAUCCUCAACAAGAAGGCCAUCGCGAACCAAGAAAGUCAAUUAUUCCAGGCCGAACUCGAGAAAUUUCGAUCUCACCAGAAUCGGCUCAUCUCGACAGUUCACAAACAGUCUUCUCUGUUGAAAGAGCUAACCAAGACAUAUGGCGACUUGUUGCAAGACAAACGAGUCCGAUCAGACCAGCAGAAGUACGAUGCAGUACAAAAGACUAAGAACAGUGUCAUGAACAGGUAUCGGAGAAUAUUCAACGCGCACGAGGAUCUGCUACAGGGCCUUAUGCGCGCGCAAGGCUUCUACAGCGAGAUGAAGGAAAGCGUCGACAGCCUGGAGAAGAAUGUUGAUUCCUUCGUCAGCAAUCGCAGAGCAGAAGGGGCCCAACUGCUUCAUCAAAUCGAGCAGACCAAGAACAUUUCGGCUGAUGGCCAAGCCGCUGCCGAGCAAAAGCGAAUGCAAGAGUUGAUGAAUCGCUUGUCGAUGGAACCCAAGCCAACAUCACCGUCGCAAUCAGAGCCUCCAGCUCUUCCUCCUCUGCCACCAAUAACCGCGUCAAGAUCGCCAGUACCAGUUUCCCCAACACACCCUACCACAAACGCCGACCCACGCUUUACGAUCCCUCCCCGUCAUUCGCCAGUGCCAGUUAUUCUCAACGGGUAUUCUACACAGUUUCAGCAUCCUUCGCAACCAACUAACCCGUCGCCGAUUGAGUCCCAACAUGCCUUUGCUCAAGGGGCAGCAGCGCCUCUGUCCUCUGGCUACAACCCCAUGGCUUACCCUGAACGGUCCGUUACAUCACCAAACCAACAGCCGGCUUCCUACGGCUUCUCGCCAAUCACCUCGCCUCCGCCCGGUUCGAUGAAUACUUAUUUCCCACAGCCAGGCCAGACUCACCAACCAUUGGCGUUCACUUCCCCGAGCCACCAGUAUCCCCAGUAUCCGUUCCCUCCUCUUCAGCCGGGCGCUGCUACACCCGGAGGCCCCUACCAAACUCCCUCACCGCAUCCCCAAGCACCCCAAUCUCAACCACCCUACCAGCAACACCAGCCUUAUCAGCCUUCGCCGUCCCCGUACAACAUGCCUCAGAAUUACGUCCCUCCCCCUCCGCCACCCGGGCCGCCGGGAGGAGGCUCAACGACACAAUACCCUCCUAACUCGUCUGGAGUUUGGGCAAGUGGACCAGGCGGGUACGCGAACUAUACACACCCCAUCAGAUAUGGGCAACAGAGUCAGCCGCAAAGUCAAGCCCAUCCUCAGGGGCAGACGCAGCAGGCGCAGGCUGGGGGUGGAGGGAAUGCAGGAGGACAGGAGCAGGAUCCCUGGGCAGGUUUGAGUGCAUGGAAGUAG